GCCACUUUGCCAUCGAGAACAUGGGACAGGCAAAGAGGCAACCCUGUCUAGCCCUAGAGGCAAUGAAACUCGUAGAUGGGUCUAUUGUGUGGACAACAGAAUCUUCAAACCCUUUAGAUGCUCCCGGGCAGGAGAAAGGACCAACUGUGCGCAAAAUAAUGAAUUAACCGCAUUUAUCAUUCUUUUAAAUAUGCCAACCUAAAUUUGUUGAAGAAAAGUGUGCAAUUGGAGAACUUUUAGGAGAUCUUCUAAGAGGAUUAAAAGCAGGAGUUGGAGAAGAUUGGAUAAAGUGUAUCUACAGGAAUCUGGACAUGGAGAACGGCAGCUGUGACAGACAUAACGUGGAGCAGAAUGGAAGUCCGCACAUCAGUGCGAUGAUGUUCGCCGCUGGAGCGCUCGGGAACGUGGUCGCAUUGAUCCUCCUGGAGUUCCGACGGAGAAAAGAGAGGAACCGACCGCGCCAGUCUUUGUUCCACUUGUUGGUGACCACACUGGUCGUUACGGAUCUAAUGGGGACCUGUUUAAUCAGCCCCUUGGUCCAAGUCGCGUAUUUAACGAACACUACAUUGGUCGGAAUGAGUGAGACGCGCGCGGUUUGCCAAUAUUUCGGAUUUGCCAUGACUUUCUUCAGUCUAUCGACACUGUCCAUCCUGCUCACCAUGGCGCUGGAGAGGUGUAUCUCCAUCGGGUACCCGUACCACUACGGACGGCAUGUCACCAAGCGCUGUGGAUACAUCACCAUCCCUUGCAUUUAUUUAGUCUGCUUUCUCUUCUGUUUGAUGCCUUUCGCAGGCUUUGGGAAAUACGUGCAAUACUGCCCCGGGACGUGGUGCUUUAUUGCCAUGGAUCCUACAGGGCAGGAGGACAGGGCGUAUGCUAAUGUUUAUGCCACUGCGAUGCUUCUUAUUAUCAUAGUUAUAGUGGGAUGCAACUGUUUUGUAGUGUAUCACCUGGUGUUGAUGUACCGGAGGCGCAAACAGAACCGAGGAUCUGUGCACACCCGGAGUAAAAGGGACAGGAGUUACUUCUCAUGGGCAGAGGAGGUGGAACAUCUCAUUCUCCUGGUCUUCAUGACAGUCAUAUUUGUCAUAUGUUCACUGCCUUUAAUGAUCCGUGUGUACAUGAACUCCACGGGCAGGCCCAAAGAGAGCCACAAGACUGACCUUAUAGCUCUGCGCUUCCUCUCAGUCAACUCCAUCAUCGAUCCCUGGGUGUUCAUCAUACUCAACCCCUCGGUUCUGCGUUUCUUUUGGGGGGCGCUGUGUAAGACCACUUUCCUGCCCUCCAGGAACUCUUUGUUUCAAACUUCCAUUGCCAAGAACCCACCAGGGCAGGUUGAGCUAUACAAACCUAGCUCCACCUUAGUGGAGACCACUCAGCUCAACAAGUCUGUUCAGAUGAUUUGACAUGAUGAGGCGAUAGGGGUUCCAGUGAAGAUGGAGGAUACAGUAUUCUGGACUGAAUGGAUCCAUCAAAUUAUGGAUAUUUAGUGGAUGCAAGGUUUUGAUGAAUGUCUUUGACAGACAUCCAAAUUCCCAAAAUUUCCUUUGGGAGUUCAAUGAAACAUCUCAACAUGCUCUCAUCUCUCUGACUGUGUAUCUGACGAUCUGUCUGAUUAGCUAGCUAGCUCUUAGAACUUCGAAACUUUUAAAACUAGUUUAAACUUUCAGACAAUGUUGUGUCAAGCCAACAUCAAAGUUUGUCUUGACAAACUUUACCUACCUAGUAAUGUUACUGUUAUACAUGGCUUAGGUUUUUUCAAAACCAAGACCAAAAUUAUCAACUGUAACUCCUAGAACUUUCAUGCUACAUCCACCAAACUAAACACAUACGCUCAGACUGUUCUAACUUCCUGAAAUUACAUUGAUUUCAUUAAGUUUACGGCUCUUAUCCACAUGAAAGUCACGGUCACAUUUAUCUUUGCACUGUGAAAUUCCGCAGACAAAAUACAGUCAUCUCAAUGGGAAUCUGUGCGAUCGUGAAUUUUGCACAAUGGACUACCGGUGGCGAAAAAGUUCCUCUCGUUAAUUUUGCAUGGAUUUAAUGUUUAGUGAACUCGCAGCUUUCAACAACAAGACGUUGCUUGGUUUGGCCGUGACCUCUGUGUGGGUGGUGCUUCAUACUCAGCUACACUGAAUAUAGUCUCAGCCUCAGACCGUAUGGCACAAAAUUGAUUGGCUCGUUCGAUGGAACUUCCACGAGUAGACGCAUGAUCAGUCCGCAUGGAAGCCGAGUUGUGUUCACAAGGUCCCGCAUUGAUAAAAUGAGCACAGAAUGUGCCCAAGUUUAGCAGGUUAGUGACAUAAAAUCUUUAAAAGAUAUUAACAGUUUUGUUUGAGGCACCUAUCAGAAAGUGAAGCGGAUAUCCAUGAGCAGAGCUGCAUUUUCUGCUUUGUUUAUUUAGUUAUGUCUGUAAACUUAGACUCUCUACACAAUUUCAUGUUGUUCUCCCAUGUGUUUUCUGCUCGCAGAAAGUCGUGUGCCAUUAUAUAAAUUAUUUUCCCCCAUGUCUAUCUUUUAAUAUUGUACGAUACAUCUCCAAUAGCCCUGCCCCUAAACCGACAAUACAGACUGUGAGAGGUUGCUUAACAUGUCAGUUAGAUGGCUUUUCCUAAAUGGGCGGUUGUUGGCCAAUUAAAGCUGCUAUAGAGCCCAGACCUAUGUCGUAAAUUUAGGUCUGGCUACGCCAGACUACACUGAAUAUUUAGGAUAAAAUUUUAGCAGCAAGUUUUUUUUAAACUUCAUUCUCCCAGAGUGAAGUACAGCAUUAAAAAGAGGCUGCCUGGCAAUUUGUUUUUUUGCUGGUUUCACAAACGCUCAAUAUCCAACUACAACUUCUUCACCUGAGGAAUUUCACCAUGCAAAGGUAAAUGCAAAUGUGCCUUUAAACUGCAUUUUCCUCCACCGAAAAGGAUCAUUUCAAAAACACUCUCCAUUACCACAUGGAAAAUGAUGAUGUUAGAAAACAGUAAAUUAGGUUUUCAAAGAAAACAGAUUAGUGUGGAUGUGGCCUUUGUGUGCUGUCUUUUCAACUGAUUGAUAUUACGGUUUUGGCAAAGAGGGCUAUCGAACAUCGGAAAAAUCCUAUAGACUUACUUUGACAAACCAAGACUAUUUAAACUGUCAAACAAUUUGAAAGUAAACAAAUCCAUCCAUCUAUCCAUCCAAUCCAAACAUCUUAACUGAUUUGUGGUGCCAGCCAUUCCAAGUGGGAUCUGGUUUGUUUGUUGAUCUAAAACGAAUAUAGAAUCCCCCUGAGGUUGUUUGACUGGGAAAGUGAGAUAAAUCCAACUGUGAGGUCAAAGGAAUACAACAUAUCCUCUCAACCUCUACAAUAAUUGUUUGGAAAUCAAGGGUCUUGUCAGCUGUUUUUGGCAGAAGAAAUGUAAAAAUGUGUUCAAGGCAUGUUUCGGUGGGUGUUUGUGCAUGAAGAAAUUCAAAGAGGAUAUUCUGUGGUGGACUGUCAGAUGGCCGUUUUCUUUACAGAAACUAACCUGAAGCUGUCAUUCCAUGAUCACUGCGUAUUCAAGUUUCCACGUUUCUGUGGUUCUGCUUUACUGAUCAUAGGUUAAAUAGCACUUUCUCCCACACAGUCUGUCAUUUUGGACUUUUUUAUAAUCAAGGGAAUCAUGUGACGUGGUUUCCAACCUUCUCAAGUUGCACAUUUCCUCAAAUGUCAGUGUUCAAGAAUACAAAUUUAUAGAAGUUGCCUCUUGUAUUUAUAAUAUCUACAUAUUUAUUGUAUUUUAAUUUAUGUUGAUACAACAGCAAGAUAAUGGCAUAUCUGUGUCCUAGUAUGUUAAUCAUAUUAAUAAUAAUAUGUUAUCAGGAUAAAGUGGGAGAUUCUGAAGUUUUUGUUUGCACAUGACAACUUGGUGUUCGGUAGGUGCAAACGUAUUAUUUAAAAGACCUGUUCUUUGUGUCUCAAGUAUUUCUGUGCCUUUGAAUGUCUUGAAUGUGACUUUAAAUAAUUUGUCUAUGCUUGUAAUGCAUGUUGAAUGUUGUGAACUUGUCUAACCUGUUCUUAAACGGCACAUCAUGUCAUAGAUGUCUAGAUACAAUGUGAAAAGGAACAAAUGAGUAGGAUGCUCCAGAGAUUUACUCUACAUAAAAAAGAAACAGAACGUGCUUGCUUCCCUUAAGGCCAUAAACAUACGCUAUCCAAGUAUCCAGGCGUGGAUGCUUGGCCAACAUACCGCAAGUGUAUCAUACUUAACUUUGGUAGUCUGUAACAAAGUAUUGUGCUCUUCGUUUGGGUUCUGCAGAAGAAAGAAAGUCAUACACAUAUGGGAUGGCAUGAGGGUGAGUAAAUUAUGAUGAAAUGUUUCUACAACGCCUGCAGUAAUAGUGCAAUAUUAAUUGCGACAAAUCGCUGACUUUUGUGAACAAGGUGAAUAUAAGCAUACUUUACAAAGAAUGCAUUUUUUAAUAAAAAUACUUAAAAUACAUAUGGUGCUGGAUUAUUCCAGCAUAGAUAAUUCCCGGUUAAACUGGAUUGCGAGUGAUUAUUAAAUAAGACAAAAGUAGUGCAAUUGUAGUGAAGUCUGCAAUAGUGUGUAGAUGCCCUUUUGGGGAUGUCCAGAGUGAAUGCGUUAUAGCAUGAAAAAAAAAGAUAAUGAUAUUUUAGAUCUUUAUGAGAAGAAAAAAAAACCAGACAGAAAAAAGCAUUUGACAUGAAUGCCCUCCAAAGAAGUGUUCAUUUGUUAACAACAUGUGUGUGGCUACAAGAGGACCAGAUUUCCUCAAAAGUCUAUUCACCGCUCUGCAUAUCGGUUAUAUCAGGUUGCCAGAGACCAACCGCCUAUCUCUUACUAAAGUAAUUAUUCUGUUUAUUUUAUCAGAAAGAUUAAUGAAAGUAAUUAUUGGGAGUUGAAAUCACUUACAAUUGAACAGUGUGGUUGUGGAAACACAAAGGUUUUAGGAAGACAAUAUCAAAGAAUGCAAAUGUUAUGUCAACAGCUUUCAAUUCAAAGAGGUUUUUUAUCUCUCGGAAUACAGUGGCAAUAAGGUGUCAAUGUGAUUUGUUGCAAAGUACCGUAGUUUCUCAUGAUGCCUGAUUCAUUGUCUCUCAUCUGUGAGGUGUCUUUUGAGUGGAUUUUUACUGCAGAAAGCCUAUUGAUUCAGCCCAUGGAUUCAGAGAGACAUAUUCACAGUCAGAGGCACACUGGGAAGAGAAAUCGGCCCUGGAUUUUACAUAGAGCGUGUUGGGAUGGGUGUGUCACUGGCCCAAAAGUUGUUGAGUGGGGGUUGGUUGGGGUGUGGGUUGUCGCUGUCCUUUUCUGCAUUCCCAGCCCAUUCGGCAUAACGCGGUGGCCCAUUUCAGCCCCAUUUAGCAGCCGCCCCACUGGGAAAAGUCCCGGUUCUCCCUAUGGCCAGUCCGCCCUUGUUCACAGUCUCAAGCUUUACGGGUUCUAUACAUGUUAAUUUCCUGCUUGUCUGGUCAUGCCCCUGUAAGAAUUGUCUAUUGUUCUUCAAGGUAAUUGCAUGUUAAGCAUCAUUUUAAAAUGUCACUGUAAUAAACUGGUACGACUGAAACCAAUGUAUGUUUUAAUCUUCUGUUUAUUAAAUGGGCGAAUCUCACAAAAUCUUUCAAGAGAA